AUGCCGUCCAUCCACGUCAUCAAGUCCUCAGCCGCAAACAUGCCCAAGGACAAGCUGAGCCAGCCCAAGGAAACCUUCUCCGUCUUCAAUGACGGCGACUCGGACGACCUGCUCGAGGACGUGAAAAGAGAGAAGAAGACCAAGCGGAGUAAUCUCAAUCACGCCACGGACGCUUCCACUUCAUCCGCUACGCGAACAGCUGCUUUCGAGAUCGCCACAAAACGCAACUAG